CCCGCCCUCGCCCUCCGCCGCCGCCGCCGCCGCCAUGGCCCAGCAGCAGGUGAGCAGCUCGCAGAAAGCGCUGAUGUUGGAGCUGAAGGGGCUGCAGGAGGAGCCCGUCGAAGGCUUCCGCAUCACCCUGGUGGACGAGUCCGACCUCUACAACUGGGAGGUGGCGAUCUUCGGGCCGCCCAACACGCUCUACGAGGGCGGCUACUUCAAGGCUCAUAUUAAAUUUCCUAUGGACUACCCAUAUUCACCACCUACCUUCAGAUUCCUGACCAAAAUGUGGCAUCCCAACAUUUAUGAGAAUGGAGAUGUAUGUAUUUCAAUCCUUCACCCACCUGUAGAUGACCCUCAAAGCGGAGAGCUGCCAUCUGAAAGGUGGAACCCAACCCAGAAUGUCAGGACGAUCCUACUGAGCGUCAUCUCCUUGCUUAAUGAGCCCAACACCUUCUCUCCGGCAAACGUGGAUGCUUCGGUCAUGUUCAGGAAAUGGAGGGACAGCAAAGGAAAAGACAAAGAAUAUGCUGAAAUCAUUCGGAAACAAGUCCAGGCAACCAAGGCAGAAGCAGAAAAGGACGGUGUGAAGGUUCCCACCACGCUGGCGGAAUACUGCAUCAAAACUAAAGUGCCUUCCAAUGACAACAGCUCAGAUUUGCUUUAUGACGACUUGUACGAUGACGACAUUGAUGAUGAAGACGAGGAGGAAGAGGAGGACGCCGAUUGUUACGAUGACGAUGAUUCUGGCAACGAGGAGUCGUGACCUGCUCCCUCUGGCCCCUGUCAGACUGCCCUGCCUGUUUCGCCAGGGGGGGGGGAGCCGCGGUAAUCUAGUGACAGUUCAGCAAAAAAAAAAAAAAAAAAAAAAAAAAUACACGGGAGGGUGGGGAAAAUACCAACCAAACCUGCGUCUCCUGCUUCCUCCUGUUGUAUGGAUCUCGAUCUCCCACCCCCCCACCCCCCUCCCUGUCCUUUGGGCCGCCUAGCAAGAAAGCCCUCCGCAGAACGUCUCCGCUCUCACAUUCUUUCCCGUCCCAUCACUGUGUUCUGAUUUCCCCCCCCCCUUUUUUUUUUCUUUUGGGAAAAAAAGAAAGAUGCUUCUCCCGCACUUCGCUCCGCUCCCCCGUUCCAGGAGCAUUCACGACACAACAAAACAGGUUUGCUCUGUGUUUAGAGUCUUGCAUUAAACACAGUCUUUCAUCGAGAUGUUUGAUGUAUUUAACGCCGGAGACUGUGGGGGAAGCUCCCCACGAGCUGCGUGUAAACAGGGACAAGAACUCCAAGCACAUCUGUGGCAGAGCUCUCCUCCCCUCCCCUGAGAUUUUGCUGCUCUGUUGACGAUUGCGUGCGCAGUUGUGUAGCCUUGUGGUGGUGGUGGUGGUGGUGGUGGUCUUUCCCCCUUUUCCUUUUUCAAGGCGUUGGGCAGAGAGCACGGAGCUCCAGUGUACUGAGCUUGCCGAGACGUGGUGCUGAAAGGUCCAGUAUUCCAUUUCAGUUCUGCUAAGCGCACGUGGAGGUGGGAGUCGCCUGGGGGCGGGAGGGUGUUUAAGCCACCGAGAGGAUGAGUGGAGAUUUGGGGCGGGGAGAGAGGUGGUUGUCUUGUGAUAUGAACCUUCAAUAAACACUUCGAAGCACUCUGUA